GGGUUAGCAUACCGCGUUUUCACCGCGGCGACUCGGGUUCGAUUCCCGAUAUCGGAGUUUCAAUAUUCUUUUGUUUUUUGUGCUUACGUUCGAUGCCUUCGUAGUUCAGGCAAUAUUCUUUUUUGUUUUUGUUUUUAUUUUUUUCCCCUCGAUUUGAUUUCUAGGGAGAUACUGCAAACAUGGAUAUAUAAAGCCAUUUAAGACCUCGGAAAUAUUUGGCCCACACCUGCAAUUGGUAGUACAAAAACAAUGGCGCAAGCUUCGACGACCAAGGCGUGCUACAUUAACACUUGUACUAUUGGGGAAUUUGCGUUUAUCUCUAUUGGCUCGUUGAGGCGAGAUUGAGUGGGUGCAAUCGUUCUUGGGGACUUGGCGAGGGGGGUGGGUUUGAGUCGACUGUGACAACCGAGGGUUUUGGUUUCAAGUCCAGGUUGUUGUUGUUUAUGUCUUUGCUUUCAAUAUCGAUGUGUUGAGAGUGACAAAACCUCUGCUUUAUGCUAGUCAACAUCAGACCCAGUACAAAAGCCUUUGCAACGAGAUUAGACUCAGUCAUACAUUCAGCUGUUUAUAUCACAUACAUCGCCCGAAAUGGCAACUCCGAACCAGCAGAACCUGGCAGAAAAGAACGAGGAGUAUGCCAAGAGCUUCACUCAGGGGCAUCUUGAGCUUCCUCCUGCAAAAAAAUAUCUGGUUUUAACCUGCAUGGACGCCCGCAUCGACCCAGCCGCGGCCUUUGGCAUCGACCUCGGCGACGCCCACGUGAUCCGCAACGCCGGCGCCAGCGCGCGCGACGGCCUGCGGUCCGUCGUCAUCUCGCAGCUGCUGCUGGGCACGCGCGAGGUCCUGCUGCUCAAGCACACGGGCUGCGGCAUGCUGACCUUUACGGGCGAGCAAGCGCACGCCCUGGUCCGGAGCCGCUACGGCGCCGAUGCGGCCGCCGAGCUGGCCGGGCUCGACUUUCUCGAGUUUCCGGACCUCGAGCAGGCCGUCAGGGACGAUGUCGCUUUUCUCAAGAACUCAAAGGCCGUGCCCGAUCAUGUUGCCGUCAGCGGGUGGGUUUAUGAGGUCGAGACGGGUAGGGCGAGGAGGGUUGACUAAAGCUGGUGGGUGUUGGUGUUUAUCGUCUUCUUUUUCGUACUUGGACAGAAAAUAUCCAAACAUGUUGUUUGUCGUCCGGCUUCUUGCACUCAUCAAACAUAGCCGUCUCUGAACCCCUCA